AUGCUUUCCCAACAUAUCUUUGUCAUCAUCGCCGCAUGCGCCACCGGCUCAUUCGCAUCUAUCGCGACCUGCAAAGGAAGCUUCUACGCCGGUGUUUGCCAGGACACUUUUGCACCUGGAGCUCGUCACGACGCCCUCACGCAGAGCUGUUGCCAAUCUCCCCAUGGCACGACUUACCAUGAUGGCCCCGGAACAUUUUGCUGCACCACUGCCGACACUAAUGCCAUUGCUUACUUGUCGUCAUGCUGCUCCAACGGCGGGAAGAGACAGAUCAACUUCAACCCCGCUUGAGGGGAGUUUCUGGUGUCACAGGCUUUCUCUACUGUAUUUGAAUGAGACCGGACCUGGAUAUGGGGAAAGAGACAAGUGGUCGUCCAAACAGCCUAUUGAGUACGUAUGUUCCCCAACCUUGUCUUUCAGCAAUGUCGUAAAUCCAAUUUGGAUAAAUAAUUGACAUGGCCUAGAGCAAGCUUGAUGGUGCAUUGGGCCGCAGGAGGCUGAAUAUUUCUUGGCCCUGCUUACUUGACCUUUCUAUCUCUUUUCUUUUCUCCGUCGAAAGGGUCUUUAGGCCCCCAAGAAUCAGUUAAAAGCUAAAUUUAUACCUAUCUCAAAGCAUUCAUAUACGCACAUUCAUUUGAAUCUUUGUUAUUGCCUGGAUAGCAAGCCAUCCUUGUUUGUCUGUCAUUGCUCGUCUCAAAUGCUUCCCGAAUUGGGGUGAUAUUGUCGUAUUGGAAGUCCAAUUCGACCGCGGAUAAGGGCAAGAGCAUGGGCCACCUCGAGGUGUGUUACG